AUGAAGAUAGGGUCGACUGGAACUGAGCUGACGCGGAUGUACUUGCGUAACGGCGUUGAGAGGUCCUUCGAGAGGAAGGGCCUGCGGGAGAAAUCACCAGCGGCGAGAAUAGUCAUGGGAGGGAAUUGUGUUUCGGAGCUUGAAACUCAGAGUGGGGGAGCCAUCCCUGUCAUUGCUUUACAGUCGUUCAGAGGCCCCAGUGGGUCCUGCUGUGAGAGACACUGUAGGAUGCUCCUGACUCACUGUAUGAUGGAAUGGAUUGUGCUGGCAGUCCUCAGCCUCUGCCUGCCUGUGUGGAGUGCUGUGAAGGUGAUCCAGCCCUAUAGAGUGGUGACCACCAAUGGUACAGCACAAGUCAAAUGCUUCAUCAAACCCCAACCCUCCAACCACCAGAACCAGCUCUCUGAAGAUCAAAGCAUGCCAUACCCCUACCCUGGCCCUGAGGAGCUCCGUGUGACUCUGCUGAAAGGCCUUCAUGGCACCCAGAAAGUCUGCUCAUCUGUCCUCAUCCUCAAAGAGCAGAGGGAGAUAAAAGAGGAGAUAGAGGGAGAGUUUCAGUGCUCUGCUCAGGAGAGCGAGGACGCUGUGGAGGUGACAGUGUCCGGACUGAAAGCCACAGACACAGAUAUGUACCGCUGCGAGAUAGAGGUCUUCUACCCACCUCCCUACCUGCGGCUCACAGGCAAUGGCACACUCAUUCAUGUCAUAGUCUGA